UUUCCUGUGGUUUUAUAUCUAAUUGCAUUUCUCUCAGGAUUACUAAGCAACACCCCCCCAGAUGGGUAAUGUGAAGGUGAUGGCUUUGUAGCCAGCAUUUGCAGAUCAGUAUGUGAUGAUGUUAGGAGGAGGUGGAGCUGAGCUGUAAGGGGUUUGGCUUCAUCUUCCACAAUCUUGACAGUAUCAGGCAGGGAAAUAACUGGAGCUAUGCCCCCUUCUUCUUUCCCUUUCCCUACAUGCAUUACCCAUCUGUCAUUCCUUAUAUCCCUCAUUAAUGUGUGCAGGAAGAAGGAGCAGCAGUCCUAGCAAGUUACCUGUGCUGGGUGAAGUAAUGAUUGAUGGAGGGUAUUUAUAACAUCAAAUAACUCCGCAUCAAAUACCUCCGCAAUAGAAUGAUUGGUUCCAAUUUGAACAUUAUGAACACUUAGAUGGUCUGUUGGUUUCAUCUUGCACAAUGGAAGCUACAAAUUCAUCUUAUCUUCCUCAGUAACACACCUUCAUCUCUGUUAUAAUUUUAUUUUAUUAAAGAUUUGUCUGUGGACAGUUUGCAAGAUGAAUUUUUCAACAGAUUUCAGUAAUCAGUCCAUUUAUGCAGCAUCUUCAGAUAAUAUCUCCAGUAAAUCACCAAUGGGGGAAGACUGUGGUUUGCCACUGGCAAUAAUAUUUACCUUAUCACUAGCUUAUGGAGUUGUUAUCAUUCUUGGACUCUCUGGAAAUUUGGCUCUUAUUAUUAUCAUUUUGAAACAAAAGGAAAUGCGCAAUGUCACAAAUAUUCUCAUUGUAAAUCUGUCAUUUUCCGAUCUGCUAGCAACAAUAAUGUGUCUCCCUUUUACUUUGGUUUACACCCUCAUGGAUCAUUGGAUUUUUGGAAAGGCAAUGUGUAAGCUGAAUGAAUAUAUUCAGUGUGUCUCGGUUACAGUCUCCAUUUUCUCAUUGGUCCUCAUCGCAAUUGAGCGUCAUCAACUAAUCAUAAAUCCUCGGGGGUGGAGACCAAACAAUAGACAUGCUUGUGCUGGAAUCACAGCAAUAUGGAUUGUAGCCAUGGCAGGUUCUUUGCCUUUCAUGAUGUACAGUUCAUUAACGGAUGAACCCUUCAGGAAUAUAAGCAUUGAUGCAUACAUUGGAAAAUAUGUGUGUGUGCCAGAAUUCCCUAAGGAAGAAUUCAGACUUUCAUAUACAACUUUGCUCUUUGUUGUACAGUACCUUGGACCACUUUGUUUUAUUUUUGUGUGCUAUACUAAGAUAUUUCUGAGAUUACGAAGACGGAACAACAUGAUGGACAAGAUCAGAGACAAUAAGUACAGAUCCAGCGAAACAAAGAGAAUCAACGUUAUGCUCUUAUCCAUUGUGGUGGUAUUUGCUCUAUGCUGGCUGCCAUUUUUCAUCUUUAACUUGGUGUUUGAUUGGAAUCAUGAGGCAAUUGAAAUGUGCAACCAUAACUUGGUAUUUUUGAUUUGCCAUCUUACAGCAAUGAUCUCUACUUGUGUCAAUCCAAUUUUUUAUGGUUUCCUCAACAAAAACUUUCAGAGAGAUCUACAAUUCUUCUUUAAUUUUUGCGAUUUUAGAUCUAGAGAAGAUGAUUAUGAGACUAUAGCUAUGUCUACCAUGCACACUGAUGUUUCAAAAACAUCACUAAAGCAAGCAAGCCCAAUAGCAUAAAAUGGAUGAUGAAAUGCCUGUAUAAGGGCAGUAUAUUGGAAAUGUAUGCAUCCAAUAAGCACAAAUCCAUUGCAUAAGACUUUUUUGUCACCAAUCAAUAUUUCAGAAUUUUGUAUUUUCAGAACCUGUUAACACUUUCAUUGUAUCUGGACUUUGGCGUUUUGGGAAUUUCUUUGCCAAUAAUUCCCACACAUUUCAGUAUCUUUGUUUUUGUAUUAUGACACUUACUGCCAUAUCUUUAUAGAGCAGCCUUUUGCGACAAUGUGUUUUUAUUUUGUUCAUAUGAAUUAGUGUGGCUUUUGGCUCCUAGAACAACAUAAAAUCAUUAAUCACACAAAACUGUGAAUGUUACUAUAUUUCAUACCUUACACUUUAGCCUGUACACUUAAGUAUAACCACAGUGUAUCAGUGCUUUUGUAUUACUUUUUUUACUUGUUUUAAUAGAUUUAAUAGAU